CCGAGCGCUUCGCUAAGCCUCAAGCCUCCCGCUUCUAUCCCCUUUAUGAUCUGGGGAUUCGGAGCAGCCGCAUCACUAUGGGACACCGGCGGGCGGGACUGCAGGACCCGGCCGUGGUCCGUACUGCCCCCUGAACUUAGCUGAACUUCAGCCGAACAGACUCAGCUCGCGCUCCUUUUUGCCUUUUUCUCCUCCUCAAAUUUACUCUAGUACUAGAGAGGAAAAGUCAUGGCCCGCACGUUUGUUUCCCUGCCGCUCUGCGUGGCGCCGCUUUGCGUGGCGCUGCUUUGCGCGCCGCUCGUGUGGAGCUCCUCUUGUCCAUCGCAGUGCAGCUGCUUUUUCCACAAACUCAGUGACGGAUCGAAGGCCAGGAGCGUCAUCUGCAACGAUCCGGACAUCGCGGCGAUUCCCGCCAAUUUUCCCGCCGACACGUCGAAACUUCGCAUAGAGAAGACGGCGAUCAAGAAGAUCCCCGGUGAGACCUUCAGCUACCUGGGCGCUCUGGAAUUCCUCUGGAUGUCCUUCAACGCCUUGUCCUCGCUCAGCGUGGACGCCUUCCGUGGACUCUGCGCCCUGGAGGAGCUGCGCCUGGACGGGAACGCGCUCGCCUCCUUCCCGUGGGAGUGUCUCUCGGACACGCCGAGCCUCAGGCUCCUUGACGUACACAACAACAGAAUCGCAUCGAUCCCCAGCGAAGCCACCGUUUACAUGAAGAACCUCACCUACCUGGACCUUUCCAGCAACAGCCUGCUGACCGUACCCUCCGAGGUUCUCUCGACGUGGCUCGUGGUUAAACCAUCUCAAGACAUGGAAAACGCCAAGAUGAUCUUGGGUCUCCAUGACAACCCCUGGAUUUGCGACUGCCGGCUGUACGAUCUGGUCCAGUUCCAGAAGUCGCCCUCCUCGCCCGUGGCCUUCAUCGACACCAGGCUGAGGUGCGCUGAGCCCGAGAGCCUCUCGGGGGUGCUGUUCAGCGAUGCGGAGCUCAGGCGCUGCCAGGAGCCCAGGGUGCACACUGCCGUGGCCCGUGUCAAGAGCCCCGUGGGCAACAACGUUCUGCUGCGCUGCGGAACCAUCGGCGUACCCAUCCCGGAGCUCAUCUGGAGGAGGGCCGACGGCAAGCCCACGAACGGCACAAUUCAGCAAGAAGUUUCCAAGGAGGGCAUCAUUUGGUCCAUUUUAAGCGUACCUGCUGUUUCGUACCGUGACUCUGGGAAGUACAUUUGCAAAGCGACGAACUUUGUUGGAAGCGCGGAUGCCAUCAUCUCCCUGAUCAUAACGGACGCGGUGAAAUCCGACAACCAGACCGGCACCUCUAAACGCUCCAGAGGGAAGAAAACGAACGGCGUGGGCAAGGCUGCCUAUCAGGAGAAAUUGGUGGCGCGCUACAUAGUGCCGACGGCCACCGACAAGAGGCCGAGCGUUGAACCGUACGGCUUCGCCGGACCUUACGCGAACAUCGAAAGCUACAGCACCACGGACGGCGCCUCGUACGAGCAGACGCCCGGCCCGACUAAUUCGGACGCGCUGUUGGACCCGGAGAAGACGGUGCUCAGCAAUCUCGCCGCCAACGCCUCGUCUCAGCAGCAGGACCCCGAGCGGAGGGUGGUCAGGUCGGUGAAGGUGAUCGGCGACACCGACCACACCGUCUCCCUGAACUGGAGGGCACCCACUGCCAAAAACACCACCUCCUUCAGCGUGCUGUACGCGGUGUUCGGCGAGCGGGACAUGCGCAGGAUCAACGUCGGCCCGGGCAAGAACCGCAUCACCAUCGAAGGACUGGUGCCGAAGACUAAGUACAUCGCUUGCGUGUGUGUCAAAGGGCUGAUCCCCAAAAAGGAGCAGUGUGUAAUCUUCUCAACGGACGAAGCGGCUAGUGCCAGCGGGACGCAGAAGCUGAUUAAUGUGGUCGUGAUCACAGUUGCGUGCGUUAUCGCGGUCCCUCUCACUCUCAUUGUGUGCUGUGGGGCGCUGAAGCGGCGCCUGCAGAAACUGCUGGGCCGAAAGUCCAAGGACAUCCAGGACUCGUACGUCACGUUCGAGACCCUGUCCCCUGGGACGAAGGCCAAAGGGCUGGAGGGCGAGUACCUCACCAGGCUGAACCCCGACGAAUCCAACCGGCUCCUGUCGGCCAGGUCGAGCGUGGACUCCGAGGCGACCGCGAGGACCGAAGGACAGCCCAACGAGUACUUCUGCUGAUGAACUGUGGCGCGUGCGGGGAUCUCGCCGAAAGGAUGACUGGACAGCAGGCGGCGCGAGGGAGGUCGGACGUACGACCCAGUCGCAGUUCAGAGGCCCACGAGACGGACAUCUUCACUAAUGAAGUUCUGACCCGCCUCGGAGACGCUCCGGGCUGCACCCGUGUCCUCGGGACUUAGCGCUCAGCUGCAGGACGUCUCCGCCGCCGCUUCGUGCGGGAUACCCACGUACCAAACGCACGCGCGAUGCGUCCUAAUGAAAAUGAUACAGGAUCCCUAUUGCGUUGUACUCGUUACAUUGUUUUUGCGCACCAUUUAAAGUUUUUAAACGGUGUCCAGGUUUUUUAUUUGUGCUUGUGUGCCUGUGUGUGUGCGCGCGUGUACACAAUCAUACUGGCAUUUUUAUACCGCUUAGGCAUCAGGUUGCACUCUUGAAUUAAAUGGAAAUCGGGAACCUGCUGUCCGAUGACGGCACUUCACGCAAACGGCUCUUGGAGGAGCGUGUGUGGGACAAGCUCUCGAUGGCAUUUCAAAUCGCACCUUGGACCAUUUGUAAGCGUACGUUGUACGAUUGUUUUUUAACGGUAUAUAUUGAAGUUAAUGUGCCAGGUGUAAUACCCUGGUUAAAACAAACUGCACUCACGUCUGUGAUAUUUAAGAACUUACGAAAAUGCAAGCGCUAUAUUAUGUGAUGUUAAAAUCUAUAAAAUGUUAUUUUUCUUUCAUUUCAGUUUUGC